GUGUGUGCGAGCUGGCUGGGAUGGACUGAGGGAGGGCGCUCUUUCAACUAUAGCUCCCUCUUGCUCUGAAACAAGCUAGCCCGAUAUAAUUGAAGAUUCCAGGUCUCUGAAUCAACAAGACAACAAAGUAUAUAUUUUAGUCUUUCACAGCCCACUCCAAACACACUAACACGGCAUUGAUGGUAAUGUAUGCAAGGAAACAACCGAGACUCGGCGAUGGGUGCGACCGAAGAGAUUCUCAGCCCUAUCAGACUCUCAAAUACUCAUCCAAGAGCCAUCCAGGAGGUGACCAUCGACAUGACAAGAUGCGAGACAACUCAGAUGUUAUUCCUCCCUGCAAAAUGCUCAGGAGGUCUGACAGCCCUGACAAACACCUUGACGGCACCGGUCACAGCAGAGCUAAGGCUGUCCACGCACACCGGGCUAGGGACAGAGAUGGAGGUACCAGUCAUUCACCACAGGAAAACUUGCACAACCACAGUAGUCUCCACAGUUCUAAUUCACAUUCUAACCCCAGCAAGACGUCAGACACGCCUCACGAGCCAGCCGAUGACUGGUCUGAGCACAUCAGCUCAUCCGGGAAGAAGUACUACUACAACUGUAGGACAGAGGUGUCCCAGUGGGAGAAGCCCAAAGAGUGGUUGGAGAGAGAACAAAAGCAGAAGGAGACUACCAAGACGGCAGUUGUCAACAGUUUCCCGAAAGACAGGGACUACCGAAGAGAGGCCAUGCAGGCAACAACAGUGCCGGCCUUCACUGGUCUUAAGUCAGCUCAGGUGGAGAAGCCUGCAGCGACCCUCACCAACCAGUCGCAGUCAUCAUCAAGCUCUGGCAGCUUAAAUACCUCUUCUGCGCCACCCGGGUCGUCUGCCUCCACAGUACCAGUGUCCCCAGUCCUGCAGUCCCCAGCCCCUCCUCUGCUCCAAGACCCUACGCUGCUUCGCCAACUUCUCCCUGCACUUCAGACGGCCCUGCAGCUCAAUAAUGCCAGUGUGGACAUGUCGAAAAUAAAUGAAGUUCUGACGGCCGCUGUUACGCAAGCUUCAUUACAGUCAAUGCUUCAUAAGAUUUUUACUGCUGGACCAUCACCUUUCAACAUCACUACUAUCCUUUCCCAAGCGGCUCAACUCUCCAGUCAAGCAGCUCAGCAAUCAAACCAGUCACCAAUGUCAUUAACGUCAGACGCUUCAUCGCCCCGGUCGUACGUUUCUCCAAGGAUCAGCACGCCGCAGACAAACGCUGGUCCACUGAAACCCCUUCUCAGCACGCAGUCGGCUUCACAAACAAAGCUGUCAAUUGGGAAGCAGGCAUCUCAUCCGCAGCCCACAUCCCAGCAGCCGCUCUCCAGCGAAAAGCAGCACAGUCACGAUGCCAUCACAGCAUCACCUCGCACCCUGCAGCGUCAGAGCAGUCAGAGGAGUCCCUCCCCAGGCCCUAACCCCAUUGCACCGAGCAGCAGCAAUGCCCCAACUUCCUCCUCCUCAACCACGAACUCCACUACCGCCCGGCCCUCCUGCUCCUUCACCCCCACCCUCGCUGCCCACUUCAAUGAGAAUCUCAUCAAGCAUGUGCAGGGUUGGCCUGCAGAGCACGCAGAGAAGCAGGCGUCAAGACUACGUGAAGAGGCUCACACGAUGGGAAGUAUCUGCAUGUCAGAGAACUGCACUGAGCUCAAAAACCUCCGCUCUCUGGUCAGAGUCUGUGAAAUCCAAGCAACGUUGCGUGAGCAGAGGAUACUCUUCCUGAGACAGCAAAUCAAAGAACUAGAAAAGUUGAAGAAUCAGAAUUCCUUCAUGGUCUGAGGACUGGGCGAAGCAGGUGACGGGGGCGAGGUCGACCCAUUGCACAGAAGGAGAGUUCGACUCCUCUUGAGUCCAGUCUUAAACACACACAGGAGCUGUUGUUGCUUUGUAUUUGGACCGUUUGGGCUGGACCGCCAAGAGGAGAUGGAACGCAGAGCUGUGAGGAGGAAAAGGGGUUGUUGGGGGCUUUACAAGACUCUGCUCUGUAAAACCCCUGGUGGGAAAACAAACUGUAGACUUCUUGUAGAUGUUGUUACCUAUGUUGUACAUAUGUUUUGUAGAUUGAAGCCAUGGAAAGCCAUGCCUAUCAAAGCUUUUGACAUCCAAAUUAAUCGACGGCGAGGCGGCUACACUGGUUACCAAGCCUUUUAUUCAUGUUAACUUGUCUGCAGACUUCAUUCGUCAGUUCAUAGAUCAUUGAACCAUCGAGCACGUACGCGCACGCAUGCUCCCCGAACAGAAACCUUCCAGUCCGCUUGUUCUCGACACAAACCGGGCUUUAAGGCAAGAACUCUUCGUAGCUUACGCCCCUCUGACGUCGAACCUCUGUGCUGUGGUGUAUCGCGCAGCGCGCUCGCCCGUGCUGGUCCACCAUAACUGCUCGCAAUGGUUCAGUGGUCUAUUUGCAGCUUGUGGUGGCCCUGCUUUCCCAGUCUGGACAACAACAGUGCCUGGUGGUUGGUGUGGUGGAGUGAGUGGCUUCUUUUUUUCUAAAAACUGAGGAGGCGUGAUGUCCUGCUGCUUGAGACUCUCCGACCCUUGCCCCCCAACCAGACCUCCUCCAGUCUGUGUGUCAUCAGUCUUCAGUUGAGGAAUGAUGCACUGACUGUUCCUCCCAAGUCCAACCUGCAGAGUGAAGAUCACCGGUGCAUUCCUUUUUUGUACAGUUGCCACAGCAGCAGCAGCAGAGAGAUGAAUGAAAGGUUUUUUUUUUUUUUUGUUGUUUUUUAAUUUAUUUACCAGAGUGAGGUUUCAUUUGCACUCGGUUGAGGAGUGAUGUCACCACUGGCCACGGUUCCGGUCAGAGCAGGGCGGUGAGAGGUGUGUUCUAAUAACCCGGUUGGACUUCAUUAGGACCCGGUUCUGUCACUGGAGGGUUGCUUCGUUCGAGCUAGUGCCUUGUUGAAAGUCUUAUCUGUCCACACGCCCACUUCAUCCUUCGACCGACUACUACAGGUCUUUCAACAAGCAUCGGGUGAUUAUUUCUGGUUUUCCGAUUCCGUUCCGAUGACUUCUCGCGGAGGAGCAGGGUCAUGCUCGGCUGCCAAUGGUCUUUUCUUCCUCACCAUACAAUGUAUCAGCGCUUCACCACAUCUUCAGUACAGUCGACCACAGCUUUGUAUAUUGUUUCCUGAAGUAUAUUGACAGAUGUAAUAAAAUAUGUCUCUCCAGGCUGGAGCGUGUUUCUUCAUUUUCUCCUGGCUGUCGCGCGCAGGUUUGACCGGGUCGGACUCACACUUGCCAAGGCAUUUGGAACGGUGGGAACUGCAGUGGGCAACCUGAUCUGAGAGGGCCUCAGCUGGGGAGGGUUUGUUGGCAGCCUGCAUUUACUGAGGGAUUCUACAAGGGGGAAAAUGUGAGAUUUUUUUUUAAUGGAGGAUGUGUUGUGUUUGGGGAAAAAACACUACAGUCUCUGACUGCAGUGGGGAAGUGACAGGUGACACAAACGGAAGUGAUGUGUCCGGCUGGACAACAUCACAAGUUAUUGGUGUUGUAGUGGUCGCUGUUUGAACACGUGGGGGCACUGUUGCACCGUGUUACCGAGUUGAAGAGCUUGGAGCUUCAUCACCAUGGUUAGUGGAUGGAUUCUGACGCCCCGAGUUGAACUUAAUCGAGGUUUAUAUAUUAUUCAUUAAAAGACUGAGAUGAUUCAAACAUUCGUAGUUUAUCACCUGAGUUUUCGUACAGGUUUGUCAUUUUGCGCACUUACAAAACUUUUCUUUUUCUCAAAUAUAUUGAG